AUGGACCGUUUUCCUUGCCGAUAUACGUAUUCCCUUAGUACCACCAUCACCCUGCUUGGUGUGAUUUCUAAAUCCCAAUGUCAAGUAAACCAAACAACGCAAGAUCCACAACCACCACGUCAGCCUCCUACGGCACACACGUCCAUGGAUGCAACCAGGCAUGGAACAUCGUCACCUGAGUGGCAAGAAGAUAUGGCUAUUGAAAAAAUCGAGCCUGUUCCAGCAUCUCAAGGCAAUUGGUUCGUACGUAACAAGCUGAAAGCAUCCCUCCUUGCUGGUGCUGUACUUGCUGUGUUGGCUAUUGCUAUUGCAGUCCCCAUUUCAGCCUCCAAUCAACCAUCGUCAUGGCGACAAGGACGACGUAACGACGGUGGCUAUGGAUAUCCGAAUAUGCCACGUCCUUCCUCCAAUAGUACUUCAAGUGGUGGUGGUGGUGGUAAUGCUGAUGAUGAUGCGCUGAUGAAAAACUUUGAUGAUUCUGCUCAAGCGAAUCCCCAUGUCCCACCUCUCAAGGAAGCAUUCAAGUAUGGCGAGCAACCCAUUCGUGGUGUGAAUUUGGGUGGAUGGUUGGUGAUUGAACCAUUUAUUACACCUUCUCUUUUCGACCAAUUUGAUCCCAAGGAUAAUGUGGUGGAUGAGUGGGGAUUGUGCAGCAAACUGGGUCCCGAAAAAGCACGUGAACAACUUGAACACCAUUACGAGACCUUUAUUACCGAGGAUGAUUUCAGAAAGAUGCGUGAUAUGGGUAUGAAUCAUGUGCGCAUUCCUACCGGUCAUUGGGCUGUACAGCCUGUCGAAGGAGAGCCCUUCGUUCCCAAGCUUGCAUGGAAGUACUUGUUACGGGGUAUCCAAUGGGCUCGCAAGUAUGGUCUCCGCGUCAUGGUCGAAUUGCACACUGCACCAGGAUCUCAAAAUGGUUGGAAUCACUCGGGUCGUUAUGGACAAGUACGCUGGCUCAAUGGCACCGAUGGCGAGCACAAUGCCGAACUCACUCUCCAAGUCGUCAAGAAAAUGACUGAAUUCUUUUCAAAGCCUGAAUGGUCCCAUGUCACUCCCGUAUUUGGUGUCCUCAAUGAACCCGCUAUUUUCCGCCUUGAACGUGAACGUGUUGAACAAUGGUAUCAUCAAAGCCAUGAUGUCAUUCGCAAUAUCACAGGCAAGGAUCAAGGUCCACUCCUUACAUAUCAUGAUGGCUUCCUUGGCAUGAACGCUUGGAAUGGUUUCUUCAAGGAUCCAAGUUUCAAUCGUGUUAUCCUAGAAACGCAUACCUACUUAAUCUUUGAUGAUGGCUUGGUGUCGAUGCCACGUGAUAAGCAAGCUGCCUUCCCAUGCCAAGCCUGGAACCGUGACAUUGGCAAAUCCAUGGCUGAAAAUGGUCCUACCAUGGUCGGCGAGUUCUCGAUGGCUACGAAUGAUUGCGGCAAGUAUCUCAAUGGUGUACGACUUGGUGCUCGUUACGAGGGUACGCUCACAGAAGGCAACAGCAAGAUUGGAAAGCCUGUGUGUGAUACUUGCACUUGCAAAGGCGUCGAUGAUUGGAAGAACUGGGAUGAUGAUUACAAGAAAUUCUUGCAUGAAUUCAUCGAACGACAAAUGGAUGCCUUUGAAACAGGCUAUGGCUGGUUCUUUUGGACUUACAAGACCGAGGAGCACAUCAACCCCCAUUGGGAUUAUCUUCUUGGAUGGGAACAGGGCUGGAUCCCCAAGGAUGUCAAUGAACGCACUUAUUCAUGCAAGGAAAUCCCACCUAGCGAGGACUAG